UGAUUCACUCACCAUAUGUACGAGAAUGUUGCCAAAAUAUGUAUCUACAGCAAAACAGAUACAUGUUAUCAUUCUCUGCCAUCAAACACUGCAAGACUUUCAGUUGGAACAUAUCGAUCGUCAAGAGCCGUUCGAUUUGAAAAAACGCAGCACGCUCGCGAGCUGGUCAAACCGAACACGUAUUAAAACUUUAAAAGAGUGAAGUGCAUUUCUAAUGAAAAUAGAAACUAUGCCGGAACCUUAUCCCUCUGCCAUCUGUAUCAACACGAUCAACCCUAAUGUGAAGUUGAUGGAAUAUGCAGUGCGUGGACCAUUAGUGAUUCGUGCUGCAGAAAUCGAGGAGGAACUCAAACGCGGUGUCAAAAAACCAUUUGAUGAGGUCAUCCGAGCAAACACAGGAGAUUGCCAAGCAAUGGGACAAGCUCCAAUCACUUAUAUCAGACAAGUUUUAUCAUUAGCUCUCCAACCAGAACUCUUGGACAUUGUAGACUAUCCCGCAGACGUAAAAGAACGAGUCCUCACGCUACUGAAAGGUUGCAAUGGAGGUUCAUUAGGAUCCUAUACUGAGUCGCUUGGAAUAGAAGUUAUCCGUCGCUAUGUUCAGCAGUUCAUCGAAGAGCGUGAUGGUGUUCCCUCUGAUUACCGUGAUAUUAUUUUAACAACAGGCGCCACACAAGGGAUUAAAUCAAUUCUUCAACUUCUUAACUGUCCCGUUGACAAUAAAAAAACUGGAAUAAUGGUCCCGAUUCCGCAGUAUCCGCUGUAUUCUGCAACAGCCGUUGAACAGGGCAUGCAGCUUAUAUCGUAUUUCUUAGAAGAAGAGACAAAUUGGGGACUUAACAUCAACGAACUCAAACGAGCUAUUGAUGAAGCUAAAGAAAUUUGCAUACCCCGAGCUAUCGUUAUUAUAAAUCCGGGAAACCCUACUGGUCAAGUACUAACCCGAGCAAACAUGGAGGAGAUCAUAAAAUUCGCAUAUGAAGAAAAUCUCCUUAUUUUGGCCGAUGAAGUUUACCAAAGCAAUGUGUAUGAAGACGGAAUAGAGUUCAACUCUUUCAAAAAAGUUCUUGUAGAAAUGGGUGAACCUUACAAAAAUAUGGCCUUAGCUAGCUUUAUGUCUUGUUCAAAAGGGUACACCGGUGAAUGUGGUUUGCGAGGUGGUUUGGUGGAGAUAUUCAACUUCCCCGCAGACGUUAAAGCCAUGUUUUACAAAAAUUUGUCAGCCCAGCUAUGUCCAAAUACAGUGGGUCAAGCAGCGAUAUUCUGUCUGGUUAACCCUCCGAGAGAAGGCGAACCAUCCUAUGAGCUGUUUAUGGAGGAAAAGGCUAAGGUUUUGAAAUCAUUGAAAGAAAGAGCACAACUGGUUCAUGAGGUGUUAAACUCUUUCGAAGGAUUUUCUUGCACCAUCAUACAGGGUUCAAUGUAUGCAUUCCCACAGUUUAAGUUACCUCCCAAAGUCAUUGACCUUGCUAAUGAGUGUGGAAUGUCCCCUGAUCAAUUUUAUGCAUUUGAACUAUUAGAAAAUACAGGUGUUUGCAUAGUACCUGGUUCCGGAUUUGGCCAAAAGCCUGGCACAUAUCAUUUCCGAACAACGAUUCUUCCGAAAAUAGAUAAACUAAAAAUUAUGCUGGAGAAAAUUACAAGUUUCCAUAUAGACUUCAUUGCAAAAUACAGUUGAGGAGGACAUGUGAGAAUGGAAACUUAGUUACAUGUGAUAAUAAUUUAGAAUAAAUGAGCAAAAACGGA